CAAAGUUUGGCUGAUGAGUAUGAAGUUAAGGAGGAUCAACAUUCUAUACACCAAGACCAAGAAGACAUUGCAGUGUCUCCGCAACAAAGCAACAAAGAUGCCGUUCUUGUAAAUUCACCUUGUUUAGCCCCAAAUCCCCCCCCCCCACCCCCCAGGCGAUAAAUAAUGACCAGUCCCUAAUUUAAAUAUUACUUUCAUGCACUUUUCAAAAACCGGGGAGAAUUUUCCACCCAGUGGCACGGUCCCGUUUUUGCUGAGAUUUGAGGCUCAACAAGCAUGACUGCUUUGAGAUGUUUCAUAGUGUUGUUGUCAAUCUUUGUAUUACGUCAUUUGGUGAUUGCAGCCAUCCGAAACACCAAGAAACAACCGCUUUUAGUCAUGUUCUUCCUGAAAAACCCUUUCAUCGAAAGGAAAGGAGGAUUAAUCUGUCUUCCCUUCACACACAGGAAGGACGGGAAAGCAAAGUUUCAACGAAGGCAAAGGAAAAGAAGACACAAGUGACGAUGGAAAUGGCUUUAUUGCGCCAGGAUGACGUUGCACAGGACAUGGCUUCAGCCACUCACGAUCUGUCUGAUGUAAGAAGGAAGUGACUAAGGCCACAAGACACACGAAUCCGGAUACGGCGAAAACGAAUACUUCAUUUUUGCGUCAACAUAAAUUCGGAGUGGUGUAUCCGGUUUCACGCAUUCACAGGAAUACGCUACUGCAGUUUGCAAUUGCAACUGCACUCGGGCCAGCGGUGUGAUUUCACUGACCGUAUAUCCUUCCCACUUCCAGUGCUUUAGGGUAACAUUUCAUACACUUCUCAAGUAGGAAUGUCAAAGAGAAAUAACUAGGUAAAGGCCGAUUCAUUCGUCUGGAGCGAAAGUAAACAGAGGGUUGUUGGCCUCUACUUUAAAUUUUUCAAGUUCCCAUUUAAGCCUGGACCCGAGUAUUUAAAAAUAUCCGGUUUCGGUCGUCUUUACGAACUCGCCAAACCCGACGAAUUAAUAAAAAAAAUUCCACUCAGAAGAGGGGUUUCAAUGCGGUCUCGGUGAGCGGAUUUACCGUUUUGGUGUAGAUGGAAGGCCGAUUCGUAUUAAAAAGCGUGCGGUUUCAAAAAUAUCCGGAUUCAUGUGGACGGGGCCUGAACCUUAUACGCUUCCUUUUCUCACGUAACGAAGGGUGUAAUGUAAUACCGUUCUUCUUUACGUGCGUUGGGUAACGUUAAACGUGACCUUUAGGUGGAAAGAGAGCGCGUUACAAGCGACCGUGACAUAAGAAGUGGAACAUUUUGGUUUGCGAACGUUUUUUAGUAUGCGUAACAUUUUAUGAAGGCUUGCAUGUGGUUCUAGCGUAUCCCAAUUUGGGGUCACAAAUAGAAAUAUCAGCUCAGUAGUCUGUCUAACCUUGACUCCAUGUUUCCAUUAUUGAGUUAUAGGCGAGAUUGCGUCACACAUUUGAAUUUGCUGGUUUACACAUUACGUCAUCAAAAACUCAAAGGAAAGAAUUAUCGAUCCUCCUGAGUUCUUACUUUUAUGAAUUAUUAGAGCCGCUAAAAACUAAUAUUCAGAAAAAUUAUCUCUGCGAAAAAGUUCUUCGUUUUGUGAUACAGUACGCUGAAAUUUCUAAGCUUUUGCGUGACGCGGUAUUUACAUGGUAGCCUGCGAGCAAGCUCUCCGGGCGCUCGGGGGGCGAGGCGGGAAAAGAAAGGAGAGCUUGCAACUACCUCUCUGGAAUUUGAAUUCUACCUCCAAUUCACCUGUGGCUCCCCGUCGACUGAGCUGUCAGAUUUUCGCCAAUCAGCGCGAAGCGGAAACUAGCGCGAUUGUAAACAAACAUUGAAAAACACGUGCCAAGGGUAAUGGCGUCAUUACUAAUGUCAUCUCCGCCAAUCAGCAUUUUGCAUCGACUUAUUCAUUUUCCAGAGACGUAGCUGUAAGCUCUCCCUCCUUUUCCCGCCCAGCCGCCAGAGCGCCCCAGAGGGCUUGCUCGUAGGCUAUUUACAUGGCGGACGAGAGAGCUGCCAUGAAGGCUGAAAAAUUGACUCUGUUAGGGGGAUUUUGCUAUCUGAAUGGUCAUUUUAUUAAUGUCAAUGUUAAUGAGUUCCUCAAGAGAUGAAUUCACCCUUAAGUAGCACAACUCCGUGACACAUGUUUCUGUUGGUUUCCGGCCGCCAUGUUAUAAUUAGUGACCAUCCGGAUGGGUACCAACAUUGCGUCUUCAUACAAAUGUAUGGUAAAAAUAUCUAUAAAUGUAGGUAAAAAAAUUCUCCGAAUUUCUCGUGCAUGAAAAAUUGCACCGACCUGAAUCCUGGUGAGGGCCUUUGUAUAUUUACUUUCUUUCAUUUCCCAGAUUCUAGACUUUAUCUAUUACACGCUUUUGAUUUUUAUUUUUAAUAGCGUGACAGUGACAACCUGCAAUAACGUUACAUUUUUUCUACAUGUAAAUGUCAUCGCCAUUUUCUUUAAUCAUUUAGCAAAGUUUGGCUGAUGAGUAUGAAGUUAAGGAGGAUCAACAUUCUAUACACCAAGACCAAGAAGACAUUGCAGUGUCUCCGCAACAAAGCAACAAAGAUGCCGUUCUUGAAGUGAUUCCAUCGACUUCCACCGAAGUAGAUGUAAGACGAGAAUAAAAACACCAUAAUAAUUACUUAUUCACUAAUAAAGAAGAAUUUACCUCUAGGGCGCCUUAUUUUUCUUACGUUUCACGUUAGAAGGACACAACAUGAUCUUGGUUUUCCUAUGCCACUAAUGUGUUUCGUCGAUGGUGUACCUUUUCUGCGCUGUCUUGGAUUUACGUUUCAGCGUCUUGUUUUCCUUCUCUUGAGCUGUUUUCAGUUGCGGGCUUGUGACUUCCAGAACGAUGGCUGAUACCCGGGGGGGUACUUGGGUAUUUUUUGGGUGGGUAUGUGCCGCCUGGGACUCCAAAUUGGCACCCCGUUCUAAAAAAAAUUCCCCUAAAAUUGAUACCCCGUUCUGGAAAUGAGCCAAUUUUUUAUACCCCGUUCUAGAAUUCGCCCUAAAACUUAUACCCCGUUCUAGAAAUGGGCCAAUUUUUUAUACUCCGUUCUAGCAGGAGCUCCUGGUUCAAGAAAGUUUGUAAAUUGAAAUAGCCCUGUUUUUUAAAAAGAUGUUUCUUUAUUUGUUCGACUUAUACAUCAAAUAAAUGCUUCUUCAUAAUCAUCUGGAGUACUGCAGCUUUCGUGCGUUCGAAAUAUUAUACCCCGUUCUAGAAAACGCCUCUGAAAUGGAUACCCCGUUCCAAAUCAGGAGCUUCAAAAUCACGACCCCGUUGGGCGGCUCAUAUCCGUAUAGGUAAUGUAUGGGAGUGCCCCCCCGGGGAAUCGUCUAGUAAAAUGGCGUGUUUGUUGUUUGUAAUCAGUACCACGUGUAUCAGCAGGUGGCCAAGGUUUUCUGGGUAAACAUCAAACUGUGGGCAUGGAUUUUCAUCCUAGACUUGAAAACAGUACCCUGGACCCAAAGUAAAUUUUAUCUAGCUCUUGACUGGUCACUUUGAAGUUACUUUUAACAGAUAAUACUUAUAUAUUCUGUGGCUCUUGUCUGGCUCAAGCAAAUUAUGUUAUUUUUAUCUUUUUAUACGUUAGUUACUUAUUUACUAAUAAGGAAAGUAAUUACUUGAAAGCUGUGCUGUUUCAAGCUAAACCAAAAAUUUGAUAGUUUUUUUUAUCAUUUUAACUAGGAUGAGGAAUUCAAAGUGACUGACAAAGAACUUCUAACCAGGCCAACGGCAUCACUAGGAAAAACUCAAGCUUCUGCAAUGCCACUUUCAAUUGAAAACCUAGAGGAGUCAGACAAGGAUCCUUGUGACGUAGGAGAGAACUUUUCUACCAAACAACUGUUUUCAUUUGCCUGGCAAAUAGCUAAAGGAAUGGUAAUUAUCUUGUUUUCUGAAUAAUGUUGCUGGGAUUCUGACACUGAGUAUAACUUGGAAAGAAGAAUUCAAAAGUCAAUAUUUUAUCAACAUGAAAUAGAUGGGAUAAAUAUAUGGGCUGUUUUUCUGAUCUAGAUUUGAGUUUAUAAUGGCUUAUAUGGAAAAAAAUUUCUUUUCGGUCGACCCAGUUUUAGCUAAAUUCGUUUCGUUAUGCAUUUGAACGUAAAUAUUUGGAUCAGAUCAGUGCCGGUAUUUACUUUUCAUUUGCAUUUUUUCAUCUAUACCUAACUACUUAAUGUUCGGCGUACCCCCGUUAUUAUGUUUUGAGAUCAUUUUAAUAGUUUUUUCGUUGCUUAUUUGUUAUUAGAAUCAUCUCGCCGAAAACAAUCUUGUUCACAGAGACCUUGCUGCCCGUAAUGUUCUUGUUGGCCAUGACAAUCAGAUCAAAGUGUCAGACUUUGGGUUGAUGAGACAAAUCUAUGAAGAUGUGAACAGCUCAGCGAAGUCCAGAAAACUUCCUGUAAAGUGGAUGGCCCCAGAAUCACUUUAUCAAGGGGUUUACACGACCAAAAGUGAUGUGUGAGUGAUGAGUUUUGCCGCUCCCUUGACAAGGGAACUAUUGAAACUUUUCUACUGAAUCACUUCUCAAAAUUGUAGUUGCCGUCAAAAAUUACAGAAGCAUAUAACUCUGAAGUGCCUAAAUCCCCUUAUUUUUUAUAACCAUGCUAGGGUUUUUAGCCGUCCAAUUAGAAGCACGGAAAAUUGUUUGCCCAAAUAUGGAAUCAUAGUAUUGAAGGUAUCUCUGCCUAUUAUAUAGCUGCUAAAAACGGAUUCUUCCAGUCCUUAACAGUUUUCCAAUUACAUCCAAAACUCAAGAUGUACACGCAUUUUUGGGCUGCUCCGUUGGCAGCAAACAAUCUACAAAUGCCGUGAAUCUGUACAUAUUUAUAACCUCUUUGGUUUUUCUCAUAGUUGGUCUUUUGGUGUUGUUCUUUGGGAAAUGGCUACCUUGGGUGAGUGGACAGUAAUUUUGUAGUUUAUAGUUGUUAUGUUAAAUUUGAGGUGACGACUGACAAAUCAAAAAAACAUUUUUCAUGGUCUGUGACUCUUAUAGACCGUAGAAAUGAUGUCAAAAUGUUGAAAAACUCAUGCACGACCCGCAGGAUAAUGGUUUUACACUGCAAAGUUUUGAGUUCUCCAAGGGAAUUAAGGGAACCGUGCCUUAACCCAUCUUCCCCGUUUUGCCAUGGUGGGAUGUGGCUUAUAACUGUUACGAUUGUUAUCAAGGUUACUGCUACCAGGAAGGGCGAAAACAAUGUUUUAUAAUGUUUCAUUUGCGGCAAGUUUGAAUUUUCUUGUUUGAUCUGGGCUCUGUUUUAAUUAUAAGUGCUGUGAGUAGAUCUCCUAGAUGAUAACCGUACGUGACAAUACAUAUUUUAAUAAUGUCAAAUUUAAAAAUUUGCGAGCAUUUGAUGACUGGAAACGAGAAGCCUUAUUGUUAAUCACCCUGCCUUCUUUCAUUACACAUUUUACUGCAUUGGCAAUAUAUCAGACCUCCAUUCAAUCAACCGUUUUUGCAAAAUGGCCUUAUUGAGUUUAUAUGAGCAGAAGUGACAAUCGACUGAGGCAUCUUUAAUAGAAAUCUAUAUAAUGGAAAAUUGCAUGUAUUCAGUUGCUGAUAUGUAAUCAUUUGUUUUCUUUCUCGAAAUCGUCAGGAGGCGUACCAUACCCCACGCUGACCAACUCAGAGUUGUAUCGACUGCUCGAUACUGGUUAUCGCAUGGAAAGGCCUGACAUGUGCUCCGAAGACGUGUACGUUUCUUGAUUAGAGUGGUCUUAGAUUUAACAAACAGAUUCGAUUUUUCUGUGCGUCUGCUCAGUUACAUUUCACACCGACCGGUGCAGCAUACGAAUUCGUCAAAUAUUUUAACGCCUGCUUUGAUCCUAUUAAAUAAUGACCAGACGGACGGCAGGGGAAAACUUUUGAUGGGAUCCUCACUCUUUGAACAAAAAGGAAACCCUCAGUCCAUUAGCUUUAUGGUCAAUAAAGGCAUCAUUAGUAGUGAUUAGGUUAAUCUCUUUCCUGGGGCCGGGGGAAGUACUACCUGUACUGGGAAGGCACCCCCCAAAAGGGGUACCUCUCUCAGUCUUCUGGUGUAGGAAUUUUGCUAGUCGAAGUGUAUGAAAGGGUAGGGAAAUCUGUCAUUUCGGUCUGUAAAAUGACUUAAGAGUACCAGAUAAGAUUUUUUGGCUGUGAAAAAGUCGAGAAAAUGUUCUAAUUUGUUAUUUAUUCAUAUUUAAAAGGAAGUGCAUUUUUCAGCAAUUAAAAGGGAUAAAGUUGAAGUUCUUUUCUGUCAAAAAUGAUACUCAAAAUGAUAAGGGGUUGGACCUCGGGGCAGAGCUUUACAUACUGAUGGCUGGAUAAAGGAAUGGGGAAUCACAUGAUAACCCAAACGUUCCAAGAGCCCAUUUUAAUGGGCUUUACGUGGAAGCUUCACUCAAAAGGAGUACCUUUUUAGGCCACAUGUAUAUGGAAAGGUAGGAAUUUCACGAGCUAAAAUGUUUGAAAUGGUAGGAAAUUUUGUAACUUCGGUAAUUUACUUUAAAAGAUAUUUUAAACAUAUGUACCUGUAUUGUAUGCUUCAUGUUAAGGGCUUAAUGGCUUAAAAAGUGAAGAAGUCGUACUAUUUCUCAGGGUAGGCAAGAAAGGAAUGUAUACGAAAGAGGUACCUAUUCUGUCAAAAAUGCUGUACAAAAAGGAUUGGGCCUCACUGUGGAGCCUCCCUGUAAACUCAUGAAGCUAAGAAGCCUAGUAUAUCCUAUUGAAAAAUUUCUUUUAUUCCAAUAGACCUCUUUCGCUUGAAUGUGUUGUUUUCCCAUGAUACAGGUCAUGUCUAACGGUCAAAUUCCCCUGGGACCUCUUUUGGGAAACCAAAACAUACAAGCUAUAAAGAGGUCUUUUGACACUGUCUAAUAAUUGACUGGAGCUCUACUAAACAUUGAAUGGUUCUUUUUUCUCUCCAUUCAUAACAGAUAUGAGCUGAUUACUGACUGUUGGAGCGAAGACCCUUACAUUCGUCCCAGUUUCUACCGUUUGAUCGAAAAACUGGAGGCGAUAAUGGAAAGGGAUGCACCAUAUUUGAAUGUAAACAAACACAAUGAAUAUCAUCCGUAUUACAACGUGCCACCUGAAGCUAGUUCUGAUUAA